AAAAGAUCUGUAAUUAUGGAGAAAGAGGAAGAUACUAAAACUAAUAAUCCUUACUCAUUUACUCACCAGAAAAAUUGGAGAACUUCUCUUGACGAAGGAGAACUUCCAUUUUGAAAUGUGAUCCCAUCAAUCAAGGAAAAGACAAAAGAUCAGCAAAAGAAAGAAAAUGAUUCAAUGUUAUAACUGAAGCUAAUAUUCUGAAGACAUUUAAGGAAAAGACUGCUCCUGUUUUCAACAAGGGAAAUCUUGUGUAUAACACCAAGGAAGAUAAGUGGUACAAAGUGUUAGACCUCAAGACUGAUGAAGAAUACAAGCCUACAUGGGCUAGUGUAUCCCUCAGAGAUAGUAAUGAAACUAAAGAGGUCACUAAAGGAUCUGAAUUUGAAGAGUUUACAAACUCUUUAAUGAUCUUUAUUUCUGUCAAUCACGAAUCAGGCAAUACAGAGACACUAGAAGUAGAUCUCAAGAUCUAUGACAAAUUCGAGGCUGCUCUAGAAGGUCCUUUCGAUGGAGCAGGUAUAACCCUAAUGGGUUAUAAACUCUUCUACAACAGUAAAGAGCUUGAUAAAGAUUCUAAUCUGUCUAAGAUUGAAGGAAUAAAGAAUGGAGAUACCAUUUAUGCAUCUGAAGGAUUUGGAAAACCAUACAAGUUCAGUAGGUUUCCAAGAGUGUACACUAGUUAUGGUUGGUCAAACUCUGGAAACUACGCUGACGCAAUCACGUUUGUACCGACACAAAAUGUGAAAGUAUGUGGCUUUAGUUGCUAUGCAGCAAAGCAGAAGCCAAGCUAUGAGAUGAAGUAUAAGAUAAAGAUCAACGAAACUGUGGUAGAAGAAGAACAAGUCGAAGCUACUGGCUGGGAAGAUGAGCAUUAUUAUAGACAUAGGCUCAAAGGAGCCUAUAAUGCAGCCUCAGGCUCUAAAAUAGAAAUGGUUUGCUGGAUUGCAGAAAAUCUCUCUUCUCACUCCUACGUUGAAACUUUCUAUGGAGAGGAUGGCUAUAACUACGAACAAGUAGAAAAUGAGCAUAUGGGUCUUUUUAAAAUAGAGUCUUGAGGUGAGAGCCAGAACGGAACAGGACUUUACUCUGGCCAUUUUGGAGAAAUUUUCUAUUAUCUAGGGUAA